AUGCCGGAACUGGCACCCGCGGACUUUGGCCUCAUUCUGGAGACCGGCCAAGACGAUGGUUUGGAAACCGGCAUUGAGGUAAAUCGGGGCUCGAAAGAAGUACGGCCAACCAUUGCGGCCGAUGCCAGCGCGCCUUUUCGGUGCGACCUGUUGCUGCCGGCUCUCGGCAAGCUGGGCACAGGGACAAAGGCCAUCAAGGUCCGCUGCGACCAAGGCGGCGCUGGCGUUGUCAUCUCCGUGGUCGACGAUGCCGACCCGACCAGCAGCUUUGAUCUCGUAAGCAUGGGCCAGCGUGUUGUGGCCUCGUGUCUUCAGACCGAGACUGUGCAGCAGGCCGUCGCCGAGAACAUUGUUACGCACAUGUUUCUGCCGCUGAUGGCCAUAGCCGAGUGUUCGUCGGUGAUGCCAGAUUCCGACAGUGACUGGCAUAGCGAUAGCGAUAGCGACGUCGACGUCGACGUCAGUUAUGCCAGGCGAGGCGCCCGGAAACGCGCCCCGGCAUCUGACGACGCUCCCGUCCAGACCUACAUCUUCCCGCCGUCGCCCCUGACCAACUUGGAUGACGACAACGACGACCCCCCGGACUCUGCCCGCCAUCUGGCCCACUACCUCACCCACUUUCUCGACCCACAUGCCGUCGCUUUGCUGCAGCGCGCCGCCCGCGACACCGACGCGAAUAGCAUUUACCUCCCCCGCACAUGGAGCGACCGCUUCCGCCGUUUUGAGGCUGCCGUUGAACCGUCUGGUGGUCUUGCACUGUCUGGCACGACAGAGGGCAUGGCGACCAGCGAGUGGGUUGUCCGUCCAUUACACAAUCCGCUGUCUAACCCCACGGACGAGCCCCUGCCAGAGCCAUGGAGGCUGCCGACCCGUCCGGGUCCGCUUGCACGGGAGCUGCUCAGCCUGCACGCCCGCAUUGCGCACGUUCUGCACACGGCCGAAGCGAUUCCGUACAUGGACCGUCUGCUGGCGGACGGCACCCGACGCGAGGACUUGGCCGUGGACGGCGAGACGAUGGCCGGCGUGCUGAUGAGUCUGCGCCUCGACGGGUGGUACCACAGUCGAAGCCGACGCCGGGGGCAGAGACGGUGCAGCGCGUCGUCCGACGAGGGGUCGUUUGCGGGUGUGUGGACAGACGACGCCCAGUUUGUUGAAGAACAGUAG